GCCCGCGUCAGGCUGGCCGGGCUUCAGUCACAACACAGUGGGGCUCCCUGGCUGCGCCCGGCCCGGCAGCUACGGGCCCAGCGCCUGGUGGCGGCGCUGAGGGGUCGCCGAGAAGGGCCCAGCGGCGUCUGCGGGGGCCGCUCCCUCGGUGGACCGCGGGCGAGGCAUGAGCGCGGGCUCCCCCUGCCUCCGGAGCGCCGGCGGGGGACCGCGGGGCAGGAGAUGUGCCUGUCCUUAGCGGCCCAGGAAGCAGCAUGCACCCCGAUGCGACCGACAGUGGCGGCGCUGGCCUCAGCCCCGCGCGGGCCGCAGGCGCCGGCGGCCGUCCUGCCCCGGGCUUCAGGGACGAGCGGCGGCCGGAGUCCCCGCGGGACGCGGAGGCGGCAGCGGCGGCGGCGGGGGGCCCGGGCGGCCGGAGCUGCUGGGGGCCAGUGGCGGUGGCCGCACUCGCCGCCGUGGCCCUCUCCUUCCUGGGGCCCGGCGGUGGGGAGGCUGCGGGGGCCGCGGGGCUGAGCUCCGUCCUGCUCAGGCUCAGCCUGUACCUGAGCUGCGCUGCGGCCGCCUUCCUGCUGGGGACCCUGUUCGCCCUAGUCUGCCGGAGCCCGCGCGCCCCGCCGCCCGACUUCGCCGCCGCCUGGAGCCGGCUGGCCGCGACCUCAGCCGCCCGCCGCCCGCCUUGGAGUCCUAUGUAUGGAAACUGGCAUGAAUCAGCUCAGUCUAGAAGGGUAGUAAUUUCUCAUAAUAUGGAUAAAGCUCUGAAAGAAGUGUUCGACUACAGUUAUAGAGAUUACAUUCUGUCCUGGUAUGGAAACCUCAGCAGAGAUGAGGGACAACUUUACCAUCUGCUCUUGGAAGACUUUUGGGAAAUUGCCAGACAGCUGCACCACAGACUGAGUCACGUGGAUGUGGUUAAAGUUGUCUGCAAUGAUGUUGUGAGGACUUUACUCACUCAUUUCUGUGACCUGAAAGCUGCUAAUGCCAGACAUGAAGAACAGCCAAGGCCUUUUGUGUUGCACACAUGCUUGCGGAACUCAGAUGAUGAAGUAAGAUUUCUACAAACAUGUUCUCGGGUUCUGGUGUUUUGUCUCCUCCCCUCAAAGGAUGUGCAGUCUCUCAGCUUACGUAUAAUGCUUGCAGAAAUUCUCACAACAAAAGUCUUGAAGCCGGUAGUGGAGUUACUGAGUAAUCCAGACUACAUUAACCAAAUGCUGCUUGCCCAGCUGGAGUACAGAGAGCAAGUGAGUGAGCAUCACAAGAGAGCCUACACCUAUGCCCCCUCUUAUGAGGACUUCAUCAAGCUCAUUAACAGCAACUCUGAUGUGGAGUUCUUGAAGCAGCUAAGGUAUCAAAUUGUAGUGGAAAUAAUCCAAGCGACUACAAUCAGCAGUUUUCCCCAACUGAAGAGCCACAAAGGUAAAGAAACUGCGGCAAUGAAAGCUGAUCUCCUGAGGGCCAGGAACAUGAAGAGGUACAUCAACCAACUGACUGUGGCAAAGAAGCAGUGUGAGAAGAGAAUCCGAAUCCUGGGAGGCCCUGCCUAUGACCAGCAAGAGGAUGGGGCCCUGGAUGAGGGGGAAGGGCCUCAAAACCAGAAGAUUCUUCAGUUUGAAGAUAUCUUGGCCAAUACUUUCUACCGAGAGCACUUUGGAAUGUACAUGGAAAGGAUGGACAAGAGAACUCUGAUUAGUUUUUGGGAAUCUGUGGAACAUUUAAAGAAUGCUAACAAGAAUGAAAUUCCACAAUUAGUUGGUGAAAUUUAUCAGAAUUUCUUUGUGGAGAGCAAAGAAAUAUCUGUGGAAAAAUCACUUUACAAAGAAAUUCAGCAGUGUCUUGUAGGAAAUAAAGGUAUUGAAGUAUUCUACAAAAUCCAGGGAGAUGUUUAUGAGAUCCUAAAGGAUAGGUAUUACCCUUCAUUUAUUGUCAGUGACCUGUAUGAGAAAUUGUUGAUAAAAGAGGAAGAGAAACAUGCCUCACAGAUGAUUUCCAACAAGGAUGAGACGGGCCCACGAGAUGAGGCUGGUGAGGAAGCCGCGGAUGACAGUACCAAUCGGAUCAAUGAACAAGCCAGUUUUGCUGUAAACAAACUGCGAGAACUAAAUGAGAAACUUGAAUAUAAAAGGCAAGCUCUAAAUUCUAUUCAAAAUGCACCAAAACCUGACAAGAAGAUUGUUUCCAAGUUGAAGGAUGAAAUAAUCCUAAUAGAGAAAGAACGCACAGACCUUCAGCUGCACAUGGCAAGAACGGAUUGGUGGUGUGAAAACCUUGGCAUGUGGAAAGCCUCCAUCACCAGUGGAGAGGUUACAGAAGAGAAUGGUGAGCAAUUGCCAUGUUACUUUGUCAUGGUAAGCCUACAAGAAGUUGGAGGAGUUGAAACUAAGAACUGGACAGUCCCCAGAAGGCUCAGCGAGUUUCAGAAUUUACACCGGAAGCUCAGUGAGUGUGUCCCUUCUUUAAAAAAAGUCCAGUUGCCUUCUCUUAGCAAGCUGCCUUUCAAAUCUAUAGAUCAGAAGUUUAUGGAGAAGUCGAAGAAUCAAUUAAAUAAGUUUUUACAGAAUCUGCUUUCAGAUGAAAGACUGUGUCAGAGUGAAGCACUUUAUGCCUUCUUGAGCCCUUCUCCUGACUACCUCAAGGUUAUUGAUGUGCAGGGGAAAAAAAAUUCUUUUUCAUUAUCCUCAUUUUUGGAAAGACUUCCUCGCGACUUCUUCUCCCACCAGGAGGAGGAGACAGAGGAGGACAGUGACCUGUCAGAUUAUGGCGAUGAUGUGGAUGGGAGGAAAGACGCCUUGGCUGAACCAUGUUUCAUGUUGAUUGGGGAGAUUUUUGAACUUCGAGGAAUGUUUAAAUGGGUGAGAAGAACAUUAAUUGCCCUCGUUCAGGUCACUUUUGGAAGAACCAUCAACAAACAAAUCCGGGACACAGUCAACUGGAUUUUCAGUGAACAAAUGUUGGUUUACUACAUCAGUGUUUUCCGGGAUGCUUUUUGGCCACAUGGGAAGUUGGCACCACCGACCACAAUCAGAAGCGAAGAGCAAAGUCAGCAAACAAAACAGAGAGCGCAGCAAAAGCUGCUUGAAAACAUUCCAGAUACGCUUCAGAGCCUUGUUGGACAGCAAAAUGCCCGCCAUGGUAUAAUAAAAAUAUUCAAUGCACUGCAAGAAACAAGAGCCAACAAGCAUCUGUUAUACGUGCUGAUGGAACUGCUGCUAAUUGAACUGUGUCCUGAGCUGAGAACUCAUUUAGAUCAACUUAAAGCUGGCCAAGUUUGAGACUGCACAAAUAAACCACCAGAAAAAUGUCUGUGUAAUAAUAGACAUGAAACAUUUUCCUCUUUUCCACAGAGGGCUUGACUGAGAACCAUACUGAUUUUUAUUUUAGUUGCCUCCCUCUAGUUUUAUGUGAAAUAAGCAGAAUCAGGGAGGACGGGACUUGUGCUGCGGUAGGCAACGGAAAAAAACUUCUAUUGAUUUUUAUUUAAUAUAAAUACUUUAAAGAUCAACAUACUGAUUGAAAUACAGAUGUUAAUAUGUGAGAACCUAGGAAGUAUUUUAAAUAUUUAUGAAAAUAUUUUGUUUUAAAAUGAACUAUGAAUAUUGUACAGUUAAUUUCCUCACUGAGGAUUGUGAACUUUCUUAUAUUAUUUCAUGUAUAUUGAAGAACAUUGUUGUGCAAUGCUUUGUGUAAAGUUAUUGUGAAGAUUUUAUUGUCUUUAUUUUUACCAAAGAUUUCCCAUAGUUUUAGCAUUCGAAGCAAUAAAAUAUAAAAUUGAAUCACA